GUAUAUAUGGAUAUGUAAAUUAAAGGAGCAGCAAGUGGAAUUAGCAGAAGUGAGCAAGAGUAACACAUGGCCAUGGACACUAUCUGUACCCAGCGAGAAUAAUGAUGGUUGCCAUGAAAUCUUCAAAUGCAUGGUGUACCCAAAUAGAAGCUGCAUAACCGAAUGUUGCAAGUCAUACCCCUUCAGUCUUUUCCCAACCAAAUUUUGCGUUUGCUGGUGGAGAGCCGAGCAUGUGAAUAAACGAGCUUUUACUGCUCUGCAAGAAUAUUGUGGCUUCAAGCAGUAUGUUGUUUGUCCCCGUAUGCAAGAAAUCAACAUGCAGCAAGAGGUGGACGAAGCUAUAAAGGCCAUAGACAACAAGCUGAGUAGUCGUAGCAACCAGCUGAUGCCGGAUGCUUGUUGUGAAAAAGAUAAACAAAAGAUAAAGAGUUGCAUGUUAAACACAACUUCCAGUGAACAAUGUUGCCCAACAUUCAGAGCAAUGAUUGGCGUUAACUGCAAUUGCUACAAUUACGCCCAGGAUUUAGACAAUCAACUUCUCAUCGUAAUUGAGAGUUUAUGUGAUGUCCCCAAUCCAUGCAACAAGAAAGCUCAAGUGAUGUAGGAUUCUGAUAUGGGGAUGGAAGUAAUGUAAAAUAAUGUGUACUUCAUUUACUUCCUGUGAACUUUUAAUUGGAUGUAAUAUAACAGUCUCCCGUGGUUGUUCACUUCAAUGUCAUGCAUGAGAUGAAUUUCCUUUAAUGGCAUGCUUAA